CCCAGUCUGUCCGCAUGGUGGUGUCCUACGCCGAGUACCAGCCCCACCUCGUUGACCAGGCUGCCCUCAUGCUCAGCGUCUCGGGGAAGGUGGCUCAGACCGGGCAGGUACUAGCCAAGCAGCACAGCUUCCGCCUGCGCACGCCGGACCUGACGCUCACGGUGCUGGGCCCAGCUGUGGUGGGGAAGGAGACGCAAGUGCAAGUCGUCUUCAAGAACCCGCUGCCCCAGACACUGAAGAGUGCUGUCUUCCACAUGGAGGGGUCGGGGGUGUCCAGCCCCAAGGCCACGAACAUAGGGACCAUCGGCGGGCACCAGACGAUCUCCUUCCGCCAGACCUUCGUGCCGCUCCGGGCCGGGCGGCGCCAGCUGGUGGCCAGCCUGGACAGCCCGCAGCUCUCCCAAGUCCACGGGGUGGUGACCGUGGAUGUGGCCCCGGCCGCGGGGGGCCAGCCGGCCCCUGCUCGCAGCUCCCCAGCCCGGGAGGCCCCCGCUCGCAGCUCCCCAGCACGGGGCUCCCCAGCCAGGGGCUCCCCAGCGCGGGGCUCCCCCUCACGCCAGCCAGACCCCCGGAACUCCCCCGCCCGGAACCGAGAGCCAGGCCGUGCCGGCUGAGCCCCACAGGAGGCAAAGGGGUGCUCUGUGCCGCGUGUGGGAGCGGGGCCUGGGUGUCUGCCCACCCCCCGCCACCUCCAGCAGUGUUGAAAUGCAGCUCCAUCCA